AUGACUGAACUCAACUCAAGCUUGUGUCAAUUAAACUGGCUGAUUGCCAAAGGCGGUCCGCCGGCUGCAGAGGUAAAAAUCUCAGAAUGAUUGGAUGAAAUAGUCAUAUUCACAAUAGGAUUUGAACUUAAGGAAAACACGGCGACGACGUCGAGGAAGAGUUCGAAAACGGUGUCGCCCAAGGUCUUGACCGACAAACCGCCAUUCUCUUACACCCAACUCAUACGAAUGGCCAUUCAGAGCUCUCCUAACCAACAGUUUUCUCAAAAACUUGAUUGUGUACUAUACAUAUGGUUUAGAUGCACCCUCAACGGCAUCUACAGGUAUAUAUCUGACAGUUACGCCUACUACAGAGAAAAUAGAAACGCCAGUUGGAGAGUGAGUCUAAAGUUAUCGAAAUGAAAACAACUAAAAUGAUGAAAAUUAAAGAACUCCAUCCGCCACAAUCUGUCCUUAAACAGACAGUUCAAGAGGUUGGAUAAAAGAGAAGGCGAAAAAGGUUUUCAUAGACGAAUGGUUUACUGUUGACACUUUAUUUUGGUUAGGAUGUUUCUGGAUUUGUGUCGAGCCGCCAGAAAAAAAGACUCAAGUGAUGGCUGGCUCCCCGCCAAGAAUCAACCCAGCGGUACGGAGGUUCUUCGAAAAAGGUGAUUCUCCCAUCUUUCAAGCAAAAAAAGUCUUCAGGACGACAGCAGAGCAGCGAGUCAGAAGCGGGUCCACCGUCGAGAGAAGAAUCUCUAAUCGUCGCUCCGCAGUCCUACCAGCAUACUUAUUUCAGCUGUUUAUCUGAAGGAGAGACUCUCUCUUCAAACUACGUUCAUCGGCACGACUUCCAAGAACAGCCAAACAACGUGACCGACUAUCAGGUCCGUAAAUGAUGCACUGAUAUCAGCUAGUUCUUCUUUUUUUUUUCAUAGGCGGAAGACGACGAUAUGACGGAUCUCAACUUGUUUGCGUCUCACGACUUGUCCUCUUCUUUCCGAGACGUCUACAACCAGAUUUUCCAAACCUCGAAACAAAAAGACCUGCAUGAAAAGGCUCUUAUCAAUACUGUUUCAUAAUAUUCUAACUGUCCAAACCUUCGAAACUGCACAUUUUUUUGUGAGGUUUUGAACACAGUUGGGAUAGAGCUCCUUUUUUUUAAAAAAAGCUCCUGAAGCUAAUCCAAAAAUGAAGUUAUAGGAAGCGCAAAUAGACUGGCUGAAGAUCAGCCUCGAGACGGCCGGAGUUGACUACAGGGAUGAAGAAGAGCUAAGUAGUGUGGACACCGAACGUUUCCAAGGUUCGAACCAAAAGUAUCACAAAGUACAAUUAUCACAGAAUAUAUCGAGCACGGCUUUCCCGACUUUCAAUCGGAGGCAUCCACGCCCAGGACCUUUAACACUCACGAACGUUGAAAUUGGAAGUAAUUAGAGUUGAUAUAUUCAUAUUUUAAGGCCCACCAGAUGGGACUUACUACGAAGAGCACAAUGGUAAAGCAGCGCAACCGUUUGAAGACGAUGUCUUCCGGUGUCAGGUGAUCCGGAAAAAGAAUUACCAAUAA